AAUAAUGAGACUGGUUAGGUAGGAAGGGGUUCCGAGCAGAACCUUGUUAGCAGGAGACAGUGACUGAACUGGACCAGCUGGCAUACGUUCCUUUCAUGAAUAAUCACCACCAUUAAUCAAGACGAGGUCCUUUCCUAUACACAAACCCUGCCCACGACCUUAAGUUCUAGUUCAUCUUCAAAAACCUGGCCCCCAGGAAGCAUUCUCCCAUUGUUCCACCGAGUUGGGGGUUCGAGUCUACAGUCUCUGAACUGCUUUUUGUCAUCCGGAAAUCAAGAAAAAAGAAAAACAAAACCAGCAAGGGCUUCAGAGAGUGCCAGAGGCACUCCCCGUGAAAGAGCUGCGGCCCCCAGUCCUGUCAGGUUGGGAGCCCCUGCGGGAUGUCUAUUCCGGAAGCACGCAGGGCUUCAUUAGAAUUGCCUCCUCAUAGCUAUGAGGUCUUGGACAAAACACGUGAAGAACCAGGAAUAGGAAACACAAUAAACACUAGAGGCCUACACGUCUCGGUAGGGGCGGAGGAAACGGAGGCUGCUGGACCCACCGCGUCCCCUUUAAGCACCUGAGGACCGCCCCGCGGAGGGAGGCCGCCGGAAAUAGGCGCUCGCUGUCAUGGAAUCACUUCCCCCCUCCCGGCGCGGCUCUCUGUCCCCCGCUUCGAAUUUCUUCCUCCUGCUCCCUCCCACCGGCUUCAGGUCUCCCAGGCCCCGCUUCUCCGGCACUAGCCCUGGCGACCCAGCGCACCGGCCCUCAGGCCUAGGCGCGGCCCGGUCCACGAGGCCGCCCCGCCCAUCGCGGGGGGCCCGUCCCGCCCCCGAGCCUGACACGCACUUCCGGCGCCUCGGGCUGGGACGGAACCGGGGUGAGCGGCGCGGUGGCGGCAACCCUGGCAGUGGUGGUGCCGGACCUCCUGACCCAGAACCAUGCCCUGCGUGCGCAGGGAGAACAUGUGCUCGUGGACAUGCAGCCAGCCCGCUGGUCCAGGUUCCCCAUUUGUGUGGCUUUGACUACCAUUUCCAGGUUCUUCUGGCUAACCUGCAGACAUCUAUGAUGAGACCAGUGGACAGAGGCAGGCCCACACCCGCAGACAUGGGGGAGAGUCUGUCAAAGGAAUAUCCGGAGCUAAGAAAUCAAAUGCUAUCAGCCUUGCUUUAGGUGGACUUGCUCAGGAAGUCUUGGCAUCAUGAGGGUUAUUUUGUCUCCGUGGCCACAGAAACCAAAUUAUUAGGGCUUUCUUUAAGGAUUGGUUCAAAUGUGAGGUAUAAAAGAUCUAUUUUUCAAAGCAGACACAAAUGAGGGUGUUCCAAACUGCUCCAAUAAUCCAUCUCAGCCCUUGUGCCUGGAACUUGAGCUGGGUCUCUGAAGCUCUCCUUUUCUCGUCUGUUCACCUCCUACCCCAACCUCAGGCAAAAGGUUUAUUCAGUACUUACAAGGAACUUAGACACACAAGUAUCUUCAUAGGCAAUGUUGGAAGGUUUUUAUACAAGAGCUAAUAGCUCAGGAAAGUUGGCCCAUGAAUACAUGAUUAGUAAGCAAGGGAGUCAGAGUUCAACUCCACUAAGCCAUGUGCAUCACAAAUGUUAACUUGCUGCCCAUCACCUCAUAAGGGAAAUAAACCUCACAGUGUAAAACCACAAAUUACAGUUUAUACAUCCUAUGUAUUUUAGAUACACAAUUGUGUGAAUGUUGCCCUAAACAGCAAUUUAUGAGAUUUCCAAAGUCCUAUUUAACCAUUUAGAACAAUAGCAGCUUCCCUCCAAUGAAGGCUAAGGUAUUUUGAAAUGCAAGCUCAUUUACAAUCCUGACUAGUUUCAACAGGAGAAGCAAAGAGGAAAGCAGUUUUCAUUUUAUCCUUUGGCCCUUCUCUGAAACCUCACUGAGGAAAGUAAACUGAUUAUCCAAUUUCCACCGCUACUUAGGAGUUUAAUAAUAGGGGAUUAGCUGUAGACGGUUCUUAGUGUGAUGACUUAACACAAAUACACAGGAUCAACAAGUAACAUUCAACUGGAGAAUUUUAAAGAUGUUUUAGAAUAACUUAAGUAAUUGUUGGCUUGAAAAUCCGUUACAAUUUGCAACAAACUGCAAAAUGCUAUAACCUAACAAAUCUUCCCUUGUACAUGUACAAGUUUGCAUUUUCUUAAUCACAUUACAGAUUUGUAGGUCAAUGCAUAUUUCACACCAAUGAGCUUAAAUGUAGUGAUGUAGAAUUUAAGACUAAAAAACAGGUCUACAUGUUGCUUUAUCAAAACAAUCAGCUAACAAUUUGGUUACGUGCUGGGUAGCGUUAAGAUGUUGAAAAAGCAUCUUACAACGACUUAUAUUGCCUUUAAGAACUAGAAUUUUUUUCUAGAAUUUUAUUCAAUUCAAAAUUCACCAACAGUAUGCUUGAUCUUGAUAACUUGAUAGCAAAAACACUUCUUGAUCUUGAUUAACUCUAGAGCACAGAGCUAAUACAGUCUUCACCCUCAUAUAGUUUACAGUCUAAUUGCAGGUCUUUCAAAGAAAUGGGUACAAAUUCUGAGCAUGCACAAGUAAUGUGAAUAUGUGUCCCUCAGGCCCAAGUUCACUGACGACUGCAGAGCGCAGAGCGCAGUUUGCAGUGUGCUGGCCAGACUGUUAACUGAAGGACCCAGAGAAUCUGCUGUUCCUCCCUCCCCUACUGCUCUCAAAAUCUCCCUGGGACAUGUGCCCUUUCAUCCUCCAGUGAUUCCCAUUUGUAUCUAAAACUGAGGAACACUGAUCAGGAUAGAUUUGAACCCUUGGUAGAAAGCCAGGUGAACUGUAGAAGGGGUCCAUGUACAGAAAAAAAAUCACGUCUAGUUUCUCUUGAAUUUGGCUUGUGUGGCUUUGCUUAAUUUGGGCAUUUUGUGCUUUACCAGAGAAUUGGACAACUUUUCAUACUAAAUUAGAGAAUGCACUCUAGAGCCAAAUAACCAUAAUUUUUUAAAUCACUUUUAUUUCCCUCUAUUAUGCAAGUUGUUAAAAUUUGACUGUCUUGGCUUAAGUAAGGUUCAGGUAAUAUCUUUAUUUUGGACAUUGUAAUUUCUUGCCAGUUAAUUAAAGUUAAUGUUCUAGUAUGGCAGAUGACUCCCUAUGUAGUGCAACUUGCAGAUCACUGUUAAUUCAAGUAGAUUCAAUCCCUCAUCUUCCCUAGAUCUUUUGCAAAUGUCUUGCAGUCAACAGCAUCACUUAGGGUGCUUAUUUAAAAACACAGAUUGCAGGCCCCAUCUCCAGAGUUUCUGAUUGAGUAGGUCUGGAUUGGGACCUGAGGAUCUGCAUUUCUAAUUGAAGUUCCUAGGUGAUGUUGAUGCUGUUGGUGUAAGGGUAAAAAACAAAUGAAAAAUAAAAAAAUAUAUCAUUCUCUCUGGUGCAAAGGAAAGAAAAAGAGAGCAUUUACUCUGGAAAACUUGUCAUUGUAGGCUUUCUCUGCCUCUUGAAAUGUAUGUAAACCCUUUUGAAGACUAAGCCUCUUGCCUAUUUUACAAUCCAGCAAUUUCUUUUUGAAAUGGGACCCAGAGCCAUCACUUUGAAAUGUAAUCAUCAAGGAAGAUAGCACCCCCACCUCCCAAUCUCCUGGGAGUAUAGAAGCCUAACUUCAGCAGGAACCUGGCACCAAAUUACAAACUACUUUCUGUCAUAAAGACAUGAGAAAUUAAUUUUUCCUUUAUAUGAAGGCAAUUAGUCCUCUUACCUGAGAAUUAGUUAUCAUUUAUCUUGGGAGCAUGACUGUAGUGCGUGGCAUUUGCUUGGCUGGAUAAAUGGGUGAGAUUUCUUUCUGUCUUUGCUAGUUCUUUUCUGGCUUUCCUGUGAUCCACGUGACAUUCUGGUUUUAUUACUGAAUACAACUUUCUCCUUUAUCUUUGAGGAGAGAUUUUUGUUAAAUUUCUUUUAUGUUUGGCAAAGCAUUAGUAAGUUCUGAAAAGAAGUAGUAAGGGUGCCAGUAACGGAGCAUUUACAUUAUGAGUCAUCAGACAACUAUAUAUCAUGUAAUGUGCUAGGUACUAGGGACACAACGAUGAACAAGACAAACAUGGUGUUCAAGUAGCUUACCACUGGGAUGGAAUCACAGGGCCACUGUAAUGUAGGGCUGCAGUCCACGGUAGAAACCAUACCUAUGGUACCACAAAGGGCGCCCCUCACUUCAGCCUUGAAGGGUGUAAUGGACUGAAUGUGUUCCUCCAAACUUCAUAUGUUGAAAUCCUAGCCCCCGUCGUGCUGGUGUUAGGAUGUGGGGCUUUGGGGAGGUCUUUUGGUCAUGUGGGUGGAACCCUCAUAAAUAGCAUUAGAGCUUGUAUAAGAAGAAAUACAAGAGCUUGCUUCCUCUCUCUGCUCUCCACCCUGUGAAAAUACAGGAAGGCCAUUUGCAAAUCAGAAAGCAGGCCUUUCCGAGACCCAGGGUCUGCUGGCACCUUAAUCUGGAACUCCCCAGCCUCUAGAGCUGUGAGAAAUAAACAUUUACUGUUUCAGCCACCCCGUCUAUGGUACUUGUUGUAGCAGCCUGAGCUUAAGUCAGGGAGAAAGAGACGGCCUCCCAAGAGAGUUGCCAAAGUUUAUGUUCAAAGAAUGAGUAGGAAUGAGUGGAAGAGAGCAGAUCUGGGCAGAGAACUAGUGUUUACAAAGCCAGAAAUAUGAGACUAUGAUACACUUGGGGAACUGUGGGUAGUUCAACAAGGUUUGGGGUGAUUAGGGAAGCUGUUGGGGAGUAGGCAGAGGCCAGAUUGCUGUGUUGAUGAACAGUUUCCAAAUGCCUGCAAAUCCAUCUAAUUAUACCACCAUCUGUGUCAUGUUUCGCCAUUUUAUCUAGGUGCAUACCUUACAACUUUGUCACAGUACUCAAAGUUGAAACACAUGAGGCAUCUAUCCUAUCUCCCAUGCCAGUAAUUCUACAGGAACAAGUGAAGAUACCUCUUUUGCCUUGUGGGCCAGACUUAGUGAUUUGCUUCUAAUGAAUAGAAUGUGUCCUACCAAAGUGAUGAUGUGUGGAUCCUAAGAGUAGGUUAUAAAAAGCACUGUGGCUUUCACACUUGGGAUCUCUUGGAUUUUUAAGGUGGUGCAGAGUCAGAUGCUAUAUACAAAGGACACUCAAGCAGCCCUAAGGAGAGGUCCAUGUCGUGAGACACAGAGGCCUCCAACAGCCAAAAAACUUGCCAUGUGAGGGAGCCUUCUUAGAAGCAGAUCCUCAAUCCCAGCCAAGCCUGCAGAUGACUGAUGUUGUCAAGCCAACAUCUUCACAAAAACCUCAUGGAAGAUCUGAGCCAGAAGCAGCUACCUAAGCUGCUUCUGCAUUCCCGACCUGCAGAAACUAUGGAAUCAUACAUUUACUUUUGUUUUAAACCACAAAUAGUUAUGCAGCAAUGAGUAA